AUGACUGAUUAUAUUGAUUUCUUAUCAAGAGUUAAAACUUAUUCUUUUGAAAAAUGGACUCUGCGAAGCUCAAAAAUCACUCCAUAUCAUUUGGCAAGUUGGGGAUUUAGUUGUAUUGCAGAAGAUACAUUUGAGUGCACUAUGUGCCAAUAAACGAUAUCUGCUUCGCAUCUACCUUUCUAAAGCGAAAUAGAAGAACAAAAAACAAUAGAUAUGGACUUAUUGAUUAAGAACUUUUUUGGAAGUAUUAUGGCUGUUCAUAAAGAAGAAUGUUUGUAUAAUCAGAAUAAUUAUGACAAUUAAAUAUAUUUCUCUUUGACUGAUGAAUUUUUGAUAUAAAAUAUGGAGGAAUUAUAUAUGUUGGCUUAUAAUAGUUACGAGUCUUUUGAUAAUAUGAAUUAAACAGAAGAGAGUUCUUCAGAUGAGAAUAAAUCAGAUAAAUAUCCUUGCAUUGAUACCUCAUUUCUGAAAAUUAUUCCUUAGCAGUACCAUUUCUUACUCUCUUAAGAUUAAAAAUUUGUCAAAAUAAAAUCAUUAGAUGUAAGAAAAACACUAGCAGCCUUUGCUUGGAGAUUAGAAGAAGAUAGUCAAUCAGGAAAGGGCACUUUGAAUUGUGAUUUUUGUGGAAGAUGUGUACCUUUGCAAAGUUAUGCUACUAAUAAUGGUAGAUAUAUGAUAAUUACAUAAAAUAAUGAAGCCAAUGAAGCUUUUAACCCUUACGAAGAGCAUAAGUACUUUUGUAAAUGGAGUUCAGCCCAAAUAUUUACUGCUGAAUAAGAAGAAUCUUCUUAAACUAAUUUAGAAAAAGAAAAAGAAGAUUCUGAUACUUCAAAAUCUAUUAAUGGAUGGAAUAUAUGCAUAAAUUAUCUUUUAGAUUAAUUCACUUAUUAAAGCAAGAAAAAGAAGACAUUCGAAGCAGUUAAUGAGAUUCAUAAAAUGCAAGACGAAAUUAAAAAAAUUUAAAAAGAUUUUAAGUAAUUUGAGUAAACAAUCAGUGAAAAAUAUACAAAAAUAGUUAAUGACUGUGAAUCACUAAAUAUUAAAUCAGCUAGUACUUCAUAGUUCAAAUAAAAGCUAUAACAAAAUAGAUAAUCUAUAGACGAUAUUUUAAAGGAUUUAAAUCUAAAUAGUUUAUUAGAAUCUAAUAAGAAAAUCAAAACUAAUUGA